CUGCUGGCCGUGGUGGCACGGCUCGGGCCCGACGCGGCGGGCGGGCAGGUGGACCCGGUGCUGCUGCAGGCCCAGGUGCAGGAGGGCUUCGGGUCGCUUAGGCGCUGCUACGCGCAGAGCGCUGAGCCACACCCUCGCCAGGCCGCUUUCCAGAGCCUCUUUUUGCUCUAUAACCUGGGUUCUGUGGAAGCCCUUCAUGAAGUCCUGCGGCUGCCUGCUGCCCUGCGCUCCUGCUCAGCCCUGCGCACGGCGCUGGCCGUGGACGCCGCCUUCCGGGAAGGCAAUGCCGCGCGCCUGUUCCGUCUGCUCCGGGCACUGCCCUACCUGCAGAGCUGUGCUGUGCAGUGCCACGUGGGCCGUGCCCGCCGAGGAGCCCUGGCCCGCCUGGCUCGUGCCCUGAGCACUCCCAAGGGCCAGGCCUUGCCUCUGGACUUUGUGGUGCACCUGCUGGCCCUGGAUGGGCUGGAGGAGGCCCGGGACCUGUGCCAGGCCCACGGGCUGCCCUUGGAUGGAGAGGAGAGAGUGGUGUUCCUGAGGGGUCGCUAUACUGAGAAGCUGCUGCUGCCUCCCGGGGCCUGCAAACUGUUGGUGGGGAGCAAGCUUGGCGGACGCACGCUGGAGGAGGUCGUUAUGGCAGAGGAAGAAGAUGUGGGUGUGGGCAAACCCAAGUCCCCAGCACCAGGAGGGGCUGUGUGACCUUGCAGAGUCCCAGGACUGAUUCCCAGAUAAUAAAAGAAACUUGUUUUG